AUGAUUGAAUAAUAGUUAGAAUGUGCUUAUAAGCACAAGUAGCCUAUUGUUAGUGUUGUUUUGGAUGCCAAACUAUAAUAAAAUGAAAGACUCUUAUGUAUUGAAUGCAUGGAAUAAUACUCCUCAUAAACAAGAACUAUGGGAUUUAAAAUAGCAAUGCAAACCAUUUUAGACAAUUAGAGGCAAAAAAGAGAAUAAUAUGAAAUUGUGAUAAAUUAGAAUUUGAAACUAUUAAAUACUUUUCAACAAAUUGCAAUCGACUUGAAAAGUAAGGUAAAUAAAGAAAUAGACUCCAUCCUCAAUGUAAUCAAAUUUUGGAUGGAAGACUUGAAUAAAAUAAACUCGGAUAUGGUUACAUUCAGCUUCCAUAAGGAAUUAGAGAAAAUAAUAACUUAGAAGUAGGAAGAUGGAAAAGGUAUUGGUACGUAGGAGAUCAUCAACUCUAUUUAUAAGAUUAAUAAUGAAUGGAGUGUAAAAAUUAAUAGAAAAUUAGGAUAAUUUAGUCAUUUUGAAGAGCAGAAGAAAUGUGAAACAAUUCUAAAUGAUCUAAUCCAAUAAAAAGAUGAAAAUCUUGAAUCUGAAAUAGUAUUUUAUGAUGAAAAAUCAAUCUCCAGUAUUUUUAAAAGCAAUCGGAGAACGUAAAGUAUCUAGAAUUAAAAAUAAUCUAUAAAAUUAAUAUUGAAAGAUGAUCAAAUUAAAUAAUACGAUACAUGUUAUUCAAUGGCCUUUAAUGUGAAAGGUUCAAUUAUGGUUUCAAGUUGUUUGCUAACUAUUAAAGUAUGGCACUUUAAUCAAGGGUCUUUGAAAUUUAUACAGAAUUUAUAAAGCCAUCGCGAUAUUGUAACUUGUUUAGCAUUUAGCAAAAAAAAUAUGUUUUUUAUCUCAGGGUCUUGCGAUAAAACUAUAAGAUUGUGGAAAUGCUCAAAUCAACAUGAAUGGAAAAGCUCUAAUCCUUAUCAAAUAGAAACGGAUUUCGUAUAAUGUAUGAUUAUGAACAAAAAUGAAACCCUAUUGUUUUCAGCAGGAAAUAAAGGAUCAAUAACUAUUUGGAGAAUCAAUUUAGAUUACAAUUCUCUUGCACCAUUUCAAAAUUUGCAUUUUAAUUCAUCGAACAUCUAUUCCAUAAGUUUGAAUGAAUAAGAAAACAUUUUGAUCUCAAGUGGAUAAAAUUAAUCUAUUUUAAUUUGGGAAAAAGUUAGUGAAGAUAAAUUUAAAUUCAAGCAUGCUGUUAAAUAGACAUUAAAUGCAGAUGGGUAUCAUCUUAAAUUUUUAACUGAUGAUAAAUUUAUUUGGGUAGCAUAAACUUUUGAUAAUAAUUUUAUUUGUAUAUAUGAAAAGAGGAAUGGAAUUUUCUCGGAGAGUAUUGAAAAAAGAAUAACGUUAAAAAAGACUUCGAAUGUGGAUGGUUUAGGAUUAGCACCUAUCAUAUAUAAUAAGGAAAAAAAUGUGGUCUUUGUUCGAUCUCAAAACCAUCUUUAUAUCCUAAAAGAAUUAAAUGGAUGCAUUAGCAUUGAGGAUUAAUAUGAUUUUAUGACAGAACAUAAUUAUUUUGCAACAACAGACGAUUGUUAAUAUCUAGUGGCUUGGGACUUGAAAAAAAAAGCCUAUUCAUCAUUUGAAAUAUUAUAUUAUUGA